AUGAUAGCAACCUCUGCAGUCAGCAGUGCACUUCUGUUCUCCCUUCUCUGUGAAGCAAGUGCCGUCGUCUUACUCAAUUCCACUGACUCAUCCCCGCCAACCAAUAAUUUCACUGAUAUUGAAGCAGCACUAAAAGCACAACUAGAUUCUGCGGAUAUCCCCAAAACCAGGCGGAAGCGCUACAUUUCGCAGAAUGACAUGAUCGCCAUUCUUGAUUACCAUAAUCAAGUUCGGGGGAAAGUGUUCCCACCAGCAGCGAACAUGGAAUAUAUGGUUUGGGAUGAAAAUCUUGCAAAAUCUGCAGAGGCUUGGGCAGCUACUUGCAUUUGGGACCAUGGACCUUCUUACUUACUGCGAUUUUUGGGCCAAAAUCUGUCGGUACGAACUGGAAGAUAUCGCUCUAUUCUCCAGCUUGUCAAGCCAUGGUAUGAUGAAGUGAAAGAUUAUGCUUUUCCAUAUCCUCAGGAUUGCAACCCCAGAUGUCCUAUGAGGUGUUUUGGCCCCAUGUGCACACAUUAUACACAGAUGGUCUGGGCCACCUCCAAUCGGAUAGGAUGUGCAAUUCAUACUUGCCAAAACAUGAAUGUUUGGGGAGCUGUAUGGCGACGUGCAGUUUACCUGGUAUGCAACUAUGCCCCAAAGGGCAACUGGAUUGGAGAAGCACCAUAUAAAGUAGGGGUACCAUGUUCAGCUUGCCCUCCAAGUUAUGGAGGAUCUUGUACUGACAAUCUUUGCUUUCCAGGAGUAACAUCAAACUACCUAUACUGGUUUAAAUAAGCAUAUCUUUUCCUUCAGGAAAUGGAAUGGUUUCUGGGAAUAGGCAUAUAUAUAUAUUGAG